UUCAGCUCCUCCCUGUUCAAAUCUAUUAACGCGAGGGAACGGGUCGUAGACAACCUAUCUAGUUACAACGCCAAAGUAAGUUGAUCGUAUGACAUAAGAGUUUAAGUUUCCUCUGGUGAUCCACGUGACUGGCAGUGAAACAUGUUUUCAUGUCCAAAGAGCGCUCUUGGACUUGACUCAACUUCAAACAGCUCGGCGGUCAUUUCAGAUCUGGCCGACACCAGUCGAGUGGCCCAGACAGCCUCGGAGAUGUGUGACGCGGUGUCCCUGUCUUUAGGUUUGGGUUCGGAGCAAGACAGAAAUCAUCAACGACACGGAUCCACUCCGCCCUCGGAAGUAGGCUCAAUGAGUCACGGAAACAGUUUCUUCGGUAUGUCACUGUCAGAGUUCGGAGGCAAAGCAAAAAUGACAUUAGAACUAACUAGCCAACCGCCGUUCGAUUAUUUUGGGACAUUGAUUGAGGAAUGUCGGGACUUGGAACAAUUAAGUUGCGUGGAUCGCCUUAAAUUCAAUGCAAGGGAUAGCAACCGUAAAAUGACGUACGGCCGAGAGCAGUCCCGAAAUGUCUGUGAGGAGUCGUAUGUGCAAAUGAACGCCUUGGUUGAUAAAUCAACGGCCCCCUUUCAACCGGACGGACUGGUGGCUUACAAACCUUCAAACUACAGAAACUCCACAAACCCGUUACUUUGCGACAAUACAUUGUGCUUUAAUGAUCUACGAAAUAGCAGCCAGAUCAUCGAACCAGGGCCAGAAGGAUCCAAUGGACCCUGGUACGCUGCAUUUUGUGAUUACAUCCAGAGUUCGUCUCUAGGAUCUCUUAGACACUGUAAGCCUGUCUCAGACGCUGACUGCAGCGGAAUUACUGAGGCGUGCGGGACAGCGGACGCUGAUUAUGAGCAUAUGGAAAGUUCUAGUGCAAUGAUGCAUCCCCGGAGCAUGUAUACAAAAGCGUGUUCUAUCAAGACCGAGCAGCAAGCUUGGGUGGACGUAACAAAUUCCAAUCUAAGGUUUGAGGGUGUGUUUCCUGAUAUGAGGGUGUUCCUCUCUGAGAAGAGGGUGUGCCAGGUGUGUGGUGAUGUUGCCUCGGGCUGUCACUAUGGCGCCGUUACCUGUGGCAGCUGCAAGGUGUUCUUCAAGAGAGCCGCUGAGGGUAAGCAGAAUCACCUGUGUGCCAGCCGCAACGACUGCACCAUCGACAAGCUGAGGCGGAAGAAUUGCGCUUCCUGUCGGCUGAGGAGGUGCUUCCUGUCUGGGAUGAGUCUCAAAGGCCAGAGGCUAAAAGGCCUUAGCCAACCGAGGAUUAAACUGGAGGGGGAGCAGAGUGCUGGAGAGGAGAGGAGGAAAAGGAAAAAGGCCGGAGAGCAGGAUGGAGUCCCUGACUCUAAUGCUACAGCUACCCAGGCUCAAUCGUCCAUUUCCGUCCCUGGACCCUUGCCCAACAUGCAGUGCCACCUGCCUCUACUGAGCGUGCUCCUGACCAUCGAGCCAGACAUGAUCCACGCGGGUCAUGACCCCGCCCAGCCGGAUUGCCCCUCCUCCCUCCUGAGCAGCCUUAACGAGUUGGGAGAAAGACAAUUGGUCUCUGUUGUACGCUGGGCCAAAGCUAUACCAGGUUUCCGUGACCUGCAUGUGGAGGACCAGAUGUGUGUCAUCCAGUCCUCCUGGAUGGGCGUGAUGGUGUUGGGCCUGAGCUGGCGCUCCUACACACAGACUGACGCCUCCAUGCUCUACUUUGCACCCGAUCUGGUCUUCAACGACCAGAGGAUGCGUGCGUCCAGCAUGUAUGACCACUGUGUGCAGAUGUGCCUGCUGUCCCAGAUGUUUGGCGUGUUGAGGGUGACCAAGGAGGAGUUCCUGUGCAUGAAGGCCCUGCUCCUCUUCAGCAUCAUCCCAGUCGAGGGUUUGAAGAACCAGCAUGGCUUUGACCAGCUUCGGACCUCCUACAUCCAAGAACUGGAGCGUCUGACCAGCCAGAGAGGAGAGACCACACGCACCCAGAGACUGUUCCAUCUCACCCAGUUACUGGACUACAUGCAGCCGAUUGUGAGGAAGCUCCACCAGUUCACCUAUGACCUCUACAUCCAGGUCCAGUCUCAGCCCACGCGGGUCAACUUCCCUGAGAUGAUCUCCGAGCUGGUCAGCGUGCAUGUGCCAAAGGUCCUCACAGGCCUGGUGAAGCCCAUCCUCUUCCACAAAGCACUAUAACUAUGUACCGGAGGUGGUCAGAGACCUUGGACCCUGAGAGAGUCCUCUUGGUCUCACGAUACAUAUGAAGGCUUUGUGAGUUAGGUUUUUCAAUCUAAUCAUCCGAUUCCAGAUAGGUACCUGAGGCAGGUGUAGAGCUGAAUGAGGGGUACCUGAUUCACUGGCACAUGGGAUUCCCUGACAUUGAAUCUGAGUCCACAAGCUGAGGUAACCGAGUUGGUUAAACCCCCCCCCCCCCCUCAGCAGAAAUCCAGCGUGAUUGAAAAGCUUGCUUUUUCCACGCUGUAGCUGGCCAGAGCAGUGUAUUUAGGGGUGGUGGUCACAUUAGUCAGAGGCCCCAAGUUUGAACGGUAGAAUGUUCAGAUCAGGAGGAGGCGAUGCCAAUGAGCAGCGACACCGUUGACACUGGCAUGGAGUGGAGGAUUCUUUUCCCCCCGGUUGGAAUCAUUGAACUUGGGUCAUCGUCUUCGAUCCAUCAGACUCACGCCCUCUAAGGGGGGGAGGGGUCACAAUAGUUGGAGAGGAAGACUUGAGGAAGACGCUGGAAUUCAAAGCUGUCUUCCUGUAGAUUUGGUUUUGAACUUUGAACUUUGGCUUUUAACGUUCCCUUUGAUAUGCUUUUGUUUCUUCCUUUAGGGGACCUCGUUUUGGGAGUGUUUUAGUAUUUUAUGAUAUCUGUUCUUACAGCUUUCACACAGUUGUGCACGGAGGAGACCAAAUGUGUUUGCAUCCUCUCUUGUCUUCUAAAGACAUCCCAUUUGGUCUCUUCCAACCACUGAAUUCAAACCUGUGAUGGUCCAUUUUGGAGUAAAUAACAAAAAGCUAAAUCAGUAACUUUUGAGUUUUGUUUAUUUUAUAAGCUCCCAUGCACACCACAAGUAUUUAGGUUUAUGUCAUGGCAACUGCCUUUAUAAUUGGCUACACCAAAGAUAUAUUUUGUAUUGGUUUGUUUCAUUCUUAUUAUGAAUGGGUUAUUUGACUAUUUAGAUAUAAAUGUAUUAGUGUGCAUUUAAAAUGACUGGUUUUCCUCGUACGCGUCUUUUACAUGCUCGGAUAAAAUUACAUUAAGCUUGUAGGAUUUAUAUGGUAGUGGCUUUUGCACUAGGACAAAAGUGAGUGAAUUUCAGCAGAAAUGGACAUGCUCGGGCAUGUCAGAGUAGCCUCUGGGGUCAGUUUUUUUUACUUUGAUUGUGGUUAACUCCAUAGCCUUAAUAUUGAUUGAACAGCUGUUCAGUGCUUGCAUUGAGAUUUGUGCGGUGAUCAAGCAAAGAAAUUAUUCUCAAUUAUGUCCAAGAUAUGGCAUUGACUGUUUUGUACUCUAGAAUUAUGGUAUAUGCACGUUUUCAGAGUUGGAGAUAUUCUCAACAUGUUUUUUCCCUGCAUUAUCUUAAGCAGUCCUCCAGUCGUGGAAGAGCAAUCCCAAUUCCCCGGUCUUCCACGAGUUUCAGCCAAUUGGUCAGUUUUAAGUGUCACCUUGACGACAGGAGCUCCUAUAGUACAACAAUACUGACUGUUUUUCUGUAAACACUUGUGCGCAAUUCCAACCAAUCUUUUUUAUGAUUCUUUUUUCUACUUUAUAAAAAAGAAAAGAAAAUUAUCUCUAUCAAUCCCAUAUACAGUUGACUUGUAGCCUUCGUAGUAACAACUGUUUAUAGUUUGUCAGUUUUCAUCACCAACUGCAUGGAGCUGAAUGUAUAAACCUUGAUAUACCAGAGCAUGACUUGUUUAUUUCAAGUACAUCCAGCUGUGGCCCUACAAACAAUGCCUUCUCCGCACCACGGCCGUUCUCAUAGGCUGCUGAGUGAAGAAGGUAGAGCAUGGCCGUUCUCAUAGGCUGCUGAGUGAAGAAGGUACAGCAUAGCCGUUCUCAUAGGCUGCUGAGUGAAGAAGGUAUAGCAUGACUGUUUCUCAUAGGCUGCUGAGUCAAAGAGGUAAACAGCUACUGAGUCCAAAGCCCGCCCCCUCCAAAACACGCCCACAUGUACAUGACACCACAGAAGGCAGUAGACCCUAGCAGAUCAAAAAUAAAUUGAAAAUGUUGUGAAAGUUAGCCAUUUUUGCAACUGGGUUAGGGCUAGAUAACGUCAAGUUAUCAAACUCACAAACACCAUUUUGAAGUUCAACUUCCUUCACAUUUGUGCCGGGGCUAUAGCUGGAGCCUCCUCGUUUAUAUCUAUUUUGUUCAAGCUGGUAAUAUUAGAAAAUACGUUAAAAAAAUGAAAGACAGCGCCCCCUAUGACACUGUCUGAGCUUCUGUGCUCUCCCCCAUCUUACAGUUAGAUAAACAGUGUUCUCAUGAAAUAAGCCAUGGAGGUAUGGAUGCAUCGCUGAGCUAACUCUCAGGGGGCCUCAUUAACUUACACAACAUGUUUUGAAGAGACAACACUUUUUUUUUUUUUACUGACAAUCUUACCUACCUUACCUUUAAGUAUGCUCCGAGCACACAUUUAGAGAGGGCUAUAUUAGUUUUUCUCUUGUUUAUCUUCAUCUGGUUGUGUUGAAGCUUUGCUUGUGAGUAACACUUUAAAUACUACAAUUACAGUUCUUAUACACAAUGUAUUAUAAACAUAUUUUGUAUGUUCUUUGGAACUUAAUGUUGGCUGUAUGUGUGUUGUUGUAAGUGUAAAGAAUGAGAGAAGGAAAGUGUAACUUCUCUUCCCUGACAACCGUGAACUUGAACAACAUCCAAACAUACUCUUAGUCCAACACUAUUCUUCUGCCUUACACCAUUACUGCCAAUUACUGGAUGCUAUAUUUACAAGGUUUGCAAUGAAUGGUAAAUACCACAUAUUUCUUCAAUAUAUACAUCUGGCAGUAGCCAAACAGCAUAUAAUAAAAACAAAGUUAGAGAGCGCUUUUCCCAGUUCAUCUCACUCCAUCUGUUCGUAUGGAGAAGCCCUGGAGAAGCUUUGCUUGUGAGUAACAUAUUAGAUAAUACAAUGACAUAAUAUAUAAACACAUUGUAUCAUGAUAAUCUUUUAGUCUUUGAUGUAGUAUCUGCCAUAUUGCAUAACAAACAUCUUAUGUUAUCUUUGUUUCUGUAUUAACCACAAAAUCUGUUUUAACCAUAAAUCCUGUCCUCUGUCCUUCAUGCAUCAGAGAGACUUUGCUACUA